AUGCAUGCCACAGUCAUCGAUCCACCUGCCGCGACUGACAUCGCGUACCCCGUGUCCGUUCAGUCCGCAUCUCCUCCCCCCGCGGAAGGCUCCCCCAAUGAACACGGGCCCUCCCCUCUCCGCCGGUUGAAGUCCAAGUCGUCUCUGUGGAGUAUUGGCAGCAGCAAUCACGAAGACGAGCCUACUUCCGAACCAUCCAGCGCCGAGAAAAGUAGUGGAAAGCAAUCUAUCUUUCGCCGCCUGUCUCCCGCCCUAGCGGCCCGAGUGAAGCUGCUCGACGGCAGUAACAAGGUGACCAGCGCACCCCGGAACGCCAACAACGUCGGUCGGAUCCCUGAAGAACACCUCAAUCAACUUGAUAGCCUUCAUAAAGACCUCUCGAUCAAGGUUGAGAGGAAAGGCCAGACGUGGAAUGGUGUGGCCUUCACAUCCCCAGGUUCAGCAACGUCACAGUCAACAAAACGGAGCGCGUCGAAUAGGCUCGAAGUACCCAACCAGGAUUUUCUGCAGACACUCUCCGACACACGCGAGCAAGGGUUAGAUUUCACCGACGCGGUUGUCGACGGCCUAGAAUCGCCUGUUCUGGCCGUUGCUCAUCCCCCGGCGACUACCCCAGACAAGACUUGCGCUCCGCCAACAUCCAUGUCUGUGGUGGAACCAGCUCCUGCGCCGCUGCGCGCUGACCCGGAACCUGAAUCCCUGCCCGUUGAUAAGGCUCAGGAUAAUCGGACUGACUUUGAGAAGUAUGUUGACGAUACCAAGCGGAGCGAGGAGCAAGCCGAUUCCGCUCCCGAACCACCCCCGAAAGAUGAAGCUCCUGCAUCCCCCACAUACGCCGUAUCUUCAUCCUCAAACACACAGUCAUACUUUAAUCCGAGGGACUUGCAGCGUGCUGAGUCUAUCUACUCUUUCUCCCGCGCCUCUUUCAGCAACCAGCUAUCUCAACUUACAUCCAUUCCCCUUCCCCAGCCAGGGGCCCUUCAGACAAGCAUCGCAAACAUUUCAACGGCUCUCGCCGCCGUUCGUGCGUUGAAUGGUGCUGCAGAGCAGAUUCAAAUCUGGAUCAGGAAGGCGUCCGAUGUGCUCAGCGGCUUGGAUGCUGAGGAUGAUGUUGAGUGGGCUGCAGCAGGUGGCCGCGAGGGACUGGAGGGGGUUGAUAAGGCCAUUACACGAUUUGAGUCCUUGGUGAACGUAUACGUGACAGCUAUUGAGAAAGUACAGCUUCGAGCGGAUAUCGCCAAUGUCGAUUCCGAGAGCCUGAAAACAAUCGUCAGCCAGAUGGAGAGUAUCCUGCAUAACUGGGCACAAAUAAAGAACAAGCUCAGAGGUGUAAAAGAACAGGUGGAGCUGGCGAUGGAAUGGGAAGAGCUUUGGUCCAAUGUUUUGGGUGAUGUGGGAAUGGAGAUCGAAAACCUCAGCGGCAUGAUCUUCGAGAUGGAAGAGAAGAGGCAUCAGGCUCUUUUGGAUACGGGCGAGUCUACUGGAGGGCUUGAUAUUAACGAGCUUGAAACUAUAGUGGAGGAAUCCCCCAUCAAGGGGCGUUCGCCUGCGACUAGUCGGCUAAGCAUUGGACCGCUCCUGGCCGCGGCCUCGGGCACUCCUGUUAUAAAGACACCUCAGGACGACUCAAGUCAUUCCAAUCUCAUGGCUUUGUUUGCGCGGAUGCAGCCCCUUCGAGCAUCUUUGGAUUUCUUGCCCAUGAGACUCUCCAUGUUCCAGUCUCGUGCCGAGAGAGUCCUUCCUAGUGCGUGUGAGGAACUUGAUGAACGACGAAGUCGAUUGGAAAAGAGUUAUAAGGUGCUUGAGCAGGAUGCGGAGGCCUUGCGAAAAGAGCUGGGUGAAGACAAGUGGAUUAUCGUUUUCCGCAACGCCGGUAGCCAAGCGCAGAAGAUGUUUGAUUCGGUCGAGCGCAGCAUUUCCAAACUGCAGGAAGGCUUGGAGACAAACGCACAGCUCAACAAUCCAGCAACGCUGACGAAGCGAAUUGAAAACUAUGAAGCGAAGAAGAUGCACUACGUGCCCGCUAUCGAACGUGUGGUUUCAAUCAUCCAGAAGGGAGUAAAUGACCGCCUGACGGUUAAUGGUGAAGUUUUGCGAUUAUUGUCUGAUAUGACAUCGCGGACGAAUGCUUUGAAGGCUAGCCUGAAGGUGAUGGAUGCGUCGCUUGAAGAUGUGCAGAUCUUCAAGGGCCAGCAAUUACGGGAUUCCAUCUCUAGCAUUAUGACGAUGGAUAGCCCAGCCACGGGUAGUGCGGUCGAUACACCUGGAAGCUCACCUGCAUCUUCGGUGGUUCUUAACGGCGGCAGCGGCUAUAAGAGUAGUUCGACACCCCUGGGCUCUAGUCGCCGUGAAAGCUCCGCUGGUACCACAGCUCGUUCAACCAUGCCCAACGUCCGACGGUUCUCCGGCGUGCCACAACCGGUAACUGGCCGGAAAUCUUCCAUUCCCAAGCCGUCAGGACUCACGUCUCCAACACCAGGGAGGACAAAUCCCGCUGUCACACCCACACCAUCUGAAAGACGGAUGUCUCGUGUUCCACAGCCAUCUCCCAUCCUCAAUCGACCUAGGUGGAAUGCCAGUACCAACACAAAUGACCUAAAUGUCGGCCACACUUACCCGCCUCUCAGCGCCAUCACUCCUAAUGGAUAUCGCAACUCUUCCGCCCCGGUGCGAACACCAAGGCCAUCAUCGACAGUCCCUUUCCGACGGGAUAUGUCUGCCUCGCCGGCACCCAGUCCUGGUCGGUCUAUGAGCCGCUUGUCAGCCCGAUUCGCAUCCACGUCUCGGAGCCCCGUGCGCAACAUGUCUCCUACACCCCUACGACCAUCUUUGCUAGAUCCACCUCCGUACAGCCGGCUUCAUAGGCCGUCAAAUGUCUCCACUUCCGGAACUGCAGGCAUGGUGAACACCCCUCGAAGUCGGCAGAGUUUUGCUGGCGUGAGCUCUUCAUUUAGUCGCAGCGUCUCACACAACCAAGGCGGAAAUGAGAGCCCAACCAAACCCAUGCGUCCUGGCACUUCACUGGGACAUUCUACAAACCGAAGAAUCAGUCUGCUUCCUUUACCAAAGCGGAACGAGAAGACGCCUGCACAACAGAAGUUGGAAUCUCGGCCGCGCUGGAGAGGAGCCGGAGCAGGCGCAUGA